AUGUGGUUCCCUCCCGAAAAAUGCGCCAUCGUCCACCAGGAGAUAGAGGAUCUCCUAUCCAAGGGUGCAAUUCGACCGGUGAGCCCAUCUCCCGGCCAGUUCGUGAGCCGGUUAUUCACCGUACCCAAGAAGGGUACCACCGCCGAACGUCCAGUCAUCGACCUCCGCCACCUGAACGAGCACGUGCGGUACGAGCACUUCCAGAUGGAGGGUCUCCACCUUGUUCCCCUAUCCGUCCGAGAGGGCAAUUGGCUCACAAAGCUAGACCUCAAGGACGCGUACUUCACCGUGCCGAUCCAUCCCCAACACCGCCGGCUCCUGCGCUUCAGUUGGGAGGGCCAACUCUACGAGUUUCAGUGCCUACCAUUCGGCCUGUCCAGCGCCCCCCGGGUAUUCACGAAGCUGAUGAAGGUCCCGAUCAGUGUUCUUCGUCGUCAGGGCAUUCGUCUCAUCCUGUAUCUCGACGACCUUCUCCUGAUUGCCGAGUCACGGCCGGCCGCCGUGCUGCAGACGCAGCAGGCCAUUCAACUCCUAGAAUCUCUGGGUUUCGUAAUCAAUCGGAAGAAGUCCAUUCCCGAGCCUACGCAACAGCUCGAGUUCCUAGGAUUUCAGUUGAACUCUGUGGCCAUGACGAUGUCUGUGCCGAUCGACAAGGCGCGGAAACUCCAGCAGGAGUGCCACCGAGCCCUGUCCCAGCCCUACCUGUCCAUCCGCGCAUUGGCCUCACUCCUGGGCAGGAUGGUUGCGUGCUCCCCAGGCAUGUUUCUGGCUCCACUGCAAUUCCGCCACCUUCAGCAGUUGAAGAUUGCAGCCCUUCGUCGCCAUCAGAGCUACCUUGCCACGGUACGCCUGACGCCGGAAGCCAGGACGGAGCUGACGUGGUGGGCAGCAGAUCUAGAAACUUGGAACGGUCGCUCGAUUCUCAAACCUCCCGCUCAGCUCACCAUAUUCUCCGAUGCGUCCCUGCUCGGCUGGGGAGCGGUGUGCGGCACAACGAGUACUGGGGGUCAAUGGUCCCCUACCGAGGCCAAUCUCCACAUCAAUGCUCUGGAAUUGAUCGCUGCCUCAUUCGCGGUGAAAGCCUUUCAUCACCGGGCCUCGUACCGUCCUCUGCACAUCAAGUUGUUGAUCGACAACACGACAGCCGUCAGCUACAUCAACCGCUUAGGCGGCACGCAUUCCCGUCUCCUGUCCCAGAUCGCUUGCGACCUCUGGAGAUGGGCGGUCCAACACGAUAUCCGCCUCCAGGCGGAAUAUGUGCCGAGCGAGGAGAACCCAGCGGACCAUCCUUCUCGGGGCUCCCUCUCCGAGUCCGGCGACUGGCGCCUGGACCCUGCUCUGUUUCGCAGGAUUCAGAGGGCAGCUCCUUGGACCUUGGUGCUAGAUCUGUUCGCAUCUCGACUGAACACGCAACUUCCCGCCUUCUAUGCUUGGAGGCCGGAUCCGGAGGCUCUCGCUCUAGAUGCGUUCUCUCAGAAUUGGAGUCUCCCUCAUCAGGACGCGGUGUAUGCCUUCCCACCAUUCUGCCUACUGGACAGGGUGCUUCAUCGUGUGGCCUCACUCCAUACUUGCCGGAUGAUACUGGUCGCACCAGUAUGGGAUACGCAGCCAUGGUACGCGACUUUGCUGCAGCUGUUGGUCGAUUUCCCCAUGCUUCUGCCCACAUUCGACUGCCUGCUACUCUCACCCUCGGGCCAUCCACACCCACUGGUACUAUCCCGCCACCUGCGCCUCGCCGCAUGGCCUAUCUCCAGCAGCGCUUCAAUGCAGCAGGACUUUCUCCACAGGUCGUGCGACUCCUCUCCUCCUCUUGGCGGUCAUCAACCAAUGCCGCUUACGCAUCGGCAUGGGAGCAGUGGCUGGGCUGGUGCAGUCAACGGUCAGUGGAUCCCGUUCGCCCAUCUUUAG